AUAUGACAUGAUGUAUUCUCUCCCAUCAGAGGUGCAGAGCGUCCAGGUGAAUGUUCCUCAGACAGAGAGGAGUACAGCUCUAUAUAUAUAUAUAUGACAUGAUGUAUUCUCUCCCAUCAGAGGUGCAGGGCGUCCAGGUGAAUGUUCCUCAGACAGAGAGGAGUACAGCUCUAUAUAUAUAUAUAUAUGACAUGAUGUAUUCUCUCCCAUCAGAGGUGCAGAGCGUCCAUGUGAAUGUUCCUCAGACAGAGAGGAGUACAGCUCUAUAUAUAUAUAUAUAUAUAUAUGACAUGAUGUAUUCUCUCCUAUCAGAGGUGCAGGGCGUCCAGGUGAAUGUUCCUCAGACAGAGAGGAGUACAGCUCUAUAUAUAUAUAUAUAUGACAUGAUGUAUUCUCUCCCAUCAGAGGUGCAGAGCGUCCAGGUGAAUGUUCCUCAGACAGAGAGGAGUACAGCUCUGUUUGCCUCCGUGAUCCUGAAGUGUGAUUACUCCACCUCCGCUAACCAGCAGGAUGUCCAGGUCACCUGGCGAUACAAGUCCUUCUGCAAGGACCCCAUCCUGGAGUAUUACUCCCAAGCGUACCAGAAUGCUCUGCAGCUGGGUCAGGACCCGGCCAAUGACUGCCCAGACCGCCAGCGCACGGUGAGGAUCAUCGUCCAGAAGAGAGGCUCCAACGAGGCCAUACUGGGCACAGAGUACCGGGAACGCAAGAUCUCCGUCCAGAACAAGGCUGACCUGGUGAUCAAUGAGAUCAUGUGGUGGGACAACGGAGUUUACUACUGUUCUGUGGAAGCCACGGGAGACACCAGCGGUGGCUUGGAUGGCGUGAUCCAACUCAUGGUCUACAACUGGCUGACGGUGCUGUUCAUAGUGAUUGGAGCUCUGCUCCUCAUCCUGCUCUUCUGUAUCUGCUGCUGCCAGUGUUGUCCUCAGAGGUGCUGCUGCUACGUCCGCUGCCCCUGCUGCCCACAGACCUGCUGCUGUCCUGAGAAAGCGGUGAUGCAGCACAGGAUGAUGAAGGAUGCCCAGAAGGCCAUGGGUCCAUGGAUGGGAGGUCAGCCCAUCUACAGCCCCAUGAGCCACGGAUCCUCACAGAUGAACCCUCUGCUGUAUGCAGGCUCCCAAUCAGGGAAGAGCAUCGCCAUGGCCCCCAUGCCCCUCCCCCCUCCCCCAUCUGGCUACAACAUGCCCCCCAGUGUCCACGCUGCCAGCAUCUACGGCAACCAACAUCCCGGCAACAAGCAGAUGCUGGACUACCUGGAGAGCCAGGUGAGGGGCAUGGAUGGGACCAGCCCCAUGAUGCAGCCCCAACCCCACCACCAGCAGCUCCAGAUGAUACCCCCUCCCCCUCAGCACAUGAUGCCUCAGCACGUCCCCUUCUCAGCGGGUCCUCCCAGCAUGCUCUCUGGCCUGGACGAUGGGGCCGUGGACUACCGGGGGGUCAUCCAUAUGCCUCCCAUCGUAGAGCAGCCUGGACGAGGAGGUCGGAGGGGGGGCCAGCCGCCGCUUGCUCCUAAAACACGUCCACCCAGCUCCAGAGGAAGCAGCCGCAGCGAGAGUCGCUUCACCAGUCACCGUGACGACCGCAGCGAAGCCAGCGGGCGCCGUUACCCGUCGCCGUCAAGGAGCCGUAGCAUGCCAAGGAGCUACAGUGAAGACUUUCUGGACGGGGAGAGCCGGGGGGCGCGGGGUCGAAUGGGUUCACGUGACGACCUCAGCGACAGGGUCCCUCGAUCCCGCUCCAGAGACGACCUGUUCGAGGAGCAGCGUCGCGCCCCGCCUCCCAGCAACUACUCCCACUCCCGCAGAGGGUCGUUCAGUUCAGAUGAGGAUGAAAACAGCAGGAGAGGAGAGGGCAGAGGUCACAGGAGAGGAGGAGGAGGAGAGAUGUAUUCAGACAUUCCGCCCAGCUAUUCUGAAUACGAGCCGGGACAGAAACCACCAAGGAGGAAUGAGCGUUACUCUGUUAAAACUCUGCUUUAGUUAGUACACUGAAUACACACUCCUAAACACACACACACACACACACACACACACACAGACACACACACAGCCCCUUCAAAAGCAUUUACCAUCUAACAAUGGCAUUUGAUCCAUGCCUUCAAUUACACAUAAUCAUAUAAUCACGCAGAUAUGAAAGAAUCACUCACAAAGACACACUGGUGCACACUACUUGGUUUCGUCACUUCUUCCAUUCAGGGAGCCUUUAAUUAAUCUGUCCCGCUACAGGGCAAGAGUUCUGGCAGUGGCACUGUGGUCAUCUGAUCUGGGCUCUCACUGGCUACCUCUCCUCUCCUUCUGCUGAAUGGCAUUACAACAGCCCCCUCUGCUGGUUGAACGCUCUCAGUGCAGAUAAGUGACCAAUCUUGACAAUCUGUUGUGCAAACAAAAGCUGUGUGUGCAGUACAGUAGUCAGCCAGUGAGUCAGCCCUCAACAGUAGAUGAGUAGUUUGAAAGGCUCAAGCAUUGGGAAAUCAGAGACUGUAGAAAGAGCUGAGGUUGGGCAAUUUUGCAGAGCUAAGCAAUUGUCUCAGGUCACACUCAUGUCCUCCUCCACCCUCUCUAUCUCCUCAUAUUGUGCUAUUCUAAUUAGAGGUCGACCGAUUAUGGUUUUUCAACGCCGAUAGCGAUUAUUGGAGGACCAAAAAAAGACGAUACUGAUUAAUCGGCCAAUUUUAAAAAUAUAUUUUAAAAAAAUGUGGGGAAAAAUGAAGAAAAUAAUAAAUAAUUUUUACAUUUUAUUUAUUUGUAAUAAUGACAAUUACAACAAUACUGAAUGAACACUUACUUUAACUUAAUAUAAUACAUCAAUAAAAAUCAAUUUAGCCUCAAAUAAAUAAUGAAACAUGUUCAAUUUGGUUUAAAUAAUGCAAAAACAAAGUGUUGGAAAAGUAAAAGUGCAAUGUGUGCCAUGUAAGAAAGCUAAUGUUUAAGUUCCUUGCUCAGAACAUGAGAACAUAUGAAAGUUGGUGGUUCCUUUUAACAUGAGUCUUCAAUAUUCCAAGGUAAAAAGUUUUAGGUUGUAGUUAUAGUAUUUAUAGGACUAUUUCUCUAUACCAUUUGUAUUUCAUAUACCUUUGACUAUUAGAUGUUCUUAUAGGCACUUUAGUAUUGCCAGUGUAACAGUAUAGCUUCUGUCCCUCUCCUCGCCCCUACCUGGGCUCGAACCAGGAACACAUCGACAACAGCCACACUCGAAGCAGCGUUACCCAUCGCUCCACAAAAGCCACGGCUCUUGCUAGGCAAGGGGAAUAACUACUCCAAGUCUCAGAGCGAGUGACGUUUGAAACGCUAUUAGCGUGCACCCCGCUAACUAGCUAGCCAUUUCACAUCGGUUACACCAGCCAUUAGGCUGAUAGGCUUGAAGUCAUAAACAGCGCUGUGCUUGUGAAGUGAAAGUGCUGUUUGAAUGAAUGCGUACGAGCCUGCUGCUGCCUACCAUCGCUCAGUCAGACUACUCUAUCAAAUCAUAGACUUCAUUACAACAUAACACACAGAAAUACGAGCCUUUGGUCAUUAAUAUGAUUGAAUCCAGAAACUAUCAUUUCGAAAACAAAACGUUUAUUUCAGUGAAAUACGGAACCGUUCAGUAUUUUAUCUAACGGGUGGCAUCCAUAAGUCUAAAUAUUCCUGUUACAUUGUACAACCUUCAAUGUUAUGUCAUAAUUACGUAAAAUUCUGGCAAAUUAGUUCGCUGCCCAAACUGUUGCGUAUACCCUGACUCUGCGUGCAAUAAACGCAAGAGAAGUGACACAAUUUCACCUGGCUAACCUGGAUUUCUUUUAGCUAAAUAUGCAGGUUUAAAAAUAUAUACUUCUGUGUAUUGAUUUAAAGAAAGGCAUUGGUGUUUAUGGUUAGGUACAGUUGUCCAACGAUUGUGCUUUUUUCGCAAACGUGCUUUUGUUAAAUCAUCCCCCAGCGUUGCAUCGGUUAUAUGCAAAGCAGGACACGCUAGAUAAACUAGUAAUAUCAUCAACCAUGUGUAGUUAUAAAUAGUGAUUAUUAUGGAUUAAUUGUUUUUUAUAAGAUAAGUCUAAUGCUAGCUAGCAACUUACCUUGGCUUCUACUGCAUUCGUGUAAGAGGCAGGCUCCUCGUGGAGUGCACUGAGAGGCAGGUGGUUAGAGCGUUGGACUAGUUAACUGUAAGGUUGCAAGAUUGGAUCCCGAGCUGACAAUCUGUUGUUCUGCCCCUGAACAAGGCAGUUAACCCAUCGUUCCUAGGCCAUCAUUGAAAAUAAGAAUGUGUUCUUAACUGACUUGCCUAGUUAAAUAAAGGUAUAAAAAAUACAUUUAAAUCGGCAAAAUCGUCGCCCAAAAAUACAGAUUUCCGAUUGUUAUGAAAACUUGAAAUCGGCCCUAAUUAAUCGGUCAUUCUGAUUAAUCGGUCAACCUCUAAUUCUAAUGGGGAAAGAGAGGGAUGAAUGACAACAUAUGAAAGAGCUGAAGUUUGGCAAUUUUGCAGAGCUAAGCAAUUGUCUUUGGUCAUCGGCCAUGUUGUCCUCCUCCUUCACCUUCGCCCUCUGUUUUCCUCCAUCCGCCCUACAUCUCUCUCCUACAUCUCUCCAUCUUGUAUUAUCCUAAUGGGGAAAGAAAGGACUAAACGAGAGAAAUGAAUGACUACAUAUGAAAGAUGUAGAAAGCACGAAUGAUAGCUGGCGGCAUGCAAUUCGACAUGCCGAUCUGAUUUUCCAGAUUCAUACUCUAGAACGUUUACAAUUUCUUUAACGUUUUUGAAGGUACUACACAUCAUUGUUUUUGAAGGUACUACACAUCAUUUUAUUUGUAUCAUUGCCAUAACAUUAACAGAUGAGAAUAAUACAUAAUAUGCCUUAUUUAAUUGUUUGUCAAAAGUAAACCAGAAAACAAAAUAUGUUUCCUGUUUGUUUUUAGCCAUAGCCUAUGUAGGCUUGUACUCCAUGAUCACUCAGGUCCCUUUUCUACAUGUUGUACAUGUAAAUAGUUUUGAGUUGUGCUCUGUCUGGACAUCUUGACCUGUGAAUAUUCAGUUAUGUAUCGAUAUGGCUCAGGAUAUUUCAAAUGUGAGGAAAAUGAGCAAAAACAAUGUGCUGUUACGUGAAGUCAGUUUGCUUGGGGACUUAUCCUAUUAGAGAAAGCAAAAGCACCACCAUCUCCUCAGGGUGAACUAGGCUUUGAUGUGAAGAUCACAGCUGUAUGAUUUGAUGUCUCUGGAUAGAAAAUGGUGUUGGUGUAAAUUACUCCCUCUUAGGGACAAUGAAGGAAAUGUUUUCAAUAAAGUUAUUUUAUAGAUA